CUUCAGAUUGGGACCAAAAGAAGAGAUUCCCCCCCCCCCCCCAAGGUAGUGUCUAAAGCCUUUGCUAUUGGGAGUCAGUCGACGUAUCAGUGGAAAAGGAUCAGUGCUCCUUCUAGUGCGAUUGGUGGGUUUGGCCACUGUUUUUUGGUGGGAUAAUAUGAGCUUCACAGGUCCUUCUGUUGGUUCUGGUGCUAGAAGGGGGGCAUUUGAAUUUGGAAAAACCCAUGUGGUUAGGCCCAAAGGUAGGCACCAAGCAACCAUAGUUUGGCUACAUGGCCUUGGUGAUAAUGGUUCAAGCUGGUCCCAGCUCUUGGAGACCCUCCCUCUUCCGAAUAUUAAAUGGAUAUGCCCAACUGCCCCUACUCGACCAAUAACUUUAUUUGGCGGCUUUCCAUCAACUGCUUGGUUCGAUGUGGGAGACCUUUCAGAAGAUGCUCCUGAUGAUGUAGAGGGUUUGGAUGCUGCUGCAGCACAUGUUGCAAAUUUGUUGUCAACAGAGCCUGCUGACAUUAAACUUGGUAUUGGAGGUUUCAGUAUGGGUGCAGCAACCUCUUUAUACUCCGCAACCUGUUUUAUUCAUGGAAAAUAUGGAAAUGGCAACCCUUAUCCUGCCAACUUGAGCGCAGUUGUAGGACUUAGCGGAUGGCUUCCAUGUUCAAAGUCUUUGAAAAGCAAAAUAGAAGGACAGGAGGAAGCUACAAGACGUGCUGCAUUGUUGCCCAUUUUGCUAUGCCAUGGAAAAGGAGAUGAAGUGGUUCCAUUUAAAUUUGGUGAGAAAUCUUAUCAGGCACUAAGUUCAAAUGGAUUUCAGAACUCGACCUUCAAAUCCUACAAUGGGCUUGGUCACUAUACGAUCCCGGAAGAGAUGGACGAGGUCUGCGCUUGGUUCACAUCGAAACUGGGGCUCGCCGGUUGAUCGGCAUAAGGAUGUAAUUUGAAAAAAUGUUUUUGCAUUAUUGGGAGGUGGUUAUGGUAUAGUGAAUAAUCUGCAUACCUGGAAUGUUAAUUUUCUCUUGGUGUAUUGCUUAAUUAUUGGUCAUGGCAUGGACCUUGCUUGAAUUCUGUGAUGGAACAGGAGAACAAGAGCUACUUUGUUCAACUUCUUCGUAGUUUGGAAUAUUAUUAUUUGGAAUGCGAUCAAUAUCAUUGUGAAAA